CCCUUUUUUUCCCACCGCGCAAGCUCUCCUUUGUGUGAUGGCCUAUCUUCACCACUCACUCCGGCGUAAUGAUAUGGUGCCAUUUGAUUUUUAUUGAGUUGGAAACAGCAGACGUGUUUCAUUGAAGGGGAAAUGUGUUUUUUUCCCUCACGUUCUGGGUGGAACAUCAGGUGAUAUGAGUUUCUGAGUCGACCGAAUUCACCAUGGCUACAUAAAUGUAAAUUUGGUGGCCAGUAUGGAUGGUUCUUUCAGGGGUAGACCUUACACGUACCAUUACGAUGGCGCCUUGUUUGACGGUCCUGAUGACCAGUACGUCAAUAUUAUGCUGUCGUCUGAUGGACUAUUACAGAGCGAGGUCUUGGAAGAUGAUGAAGAAAAUGUGGUGGUAGAUGUGGACGACUCUUCAGGGGCUAGCAGUAAACCAAGCCCAAAUAGCGUUCCCGUGGACACUGCAGCCUUCAACAGACAGGCGAGCUACUCCGAUGAGCCUAAAGGCUACGUUCAAGUAACUCACACAACCAGAAACAAAGCUGACCACAGAGUGACCGUCUCUCGGACGGUGCCUGAGAUCCUGGAGACUCUCCCGUCUCUGGACGAACCCGUAAUCCAGCCGCUGCCCUGCGAGUCGGAGAUCUACGAUAAGUGGGCGCGGCUUCCUCGCGCGGAUCAAGAGUCAUCACGCCCUUCGGUGCGGCCGAUCACCGUCACCGCCAAGGGCUGGACAUUACUGCAAUCUAUGCACAACCCACCCCAGCCCACUUCUGCCACGGCUCCCUACAAACAAAACCCUGCUUUGGUAGCCUUGGCAGACGAAGAAUGCAACACACUAGACAGUAUUAUUGACCAUUACAAUCAAAUGUAUUUAGUCCAGUCUGGACAAGUGACCCCAUCCGUUCAUAAACCAGAUGCUCCCCAUGUCAAUGAAAACGAACCAGACCUUAAAGUAUUGAACCCAAGUGGAAGAAAAUCACCGCAAAUACUAACUCCUCUUAACAAAAAGUUGCCAACAUCAAAUGCUAACAACUUAAAUGUGCCAAAUUUAUCCACGCAGAAUGUAAGCCCAGCAACUUCGAAAAAACAAACACAUCAGCCCAUUUCUGCUGCUACCGCGAGUAUUGACUUGCCUUCGAAUAUAAACCAAUCCGAUAAGAUUUAUCAAGUGGCCAGAUUUUGGUCUUGGCGGCCUUCAAAAACGUCGGUGAAAUUUCAGAAAACUUCGAAGCCUUUAUCCAAUCAGGCAGAGAAAUUGGACAGGAAUAAAAAGUCAAGCAAGAAGGAAAAAGUAAAUACCAAAGUUUUUGUGAAAAAAAGUGGAACUACUGCUGAUACUUUAACCGCAGCGCGCCCUGCAGCAGGGUCAACUGUUGGCGGGAACACUAUGCAAGCAACUUAUACGAAUGACAAUUUGGAUGAUGUAUCCCAAUCGAGAUCUCGUUUUUUGAAGAGCACAAUUGGAGAUAACUCGCUGACGUCUGCUAGAUAUGACAACACCAACAUAGACUUGUCGCGCGGUGUUGGCAAUUCAGACAAUGCUCCAACUCAGAGAAGCUCAGAAUACAAUUUCAGAGUGAACAAUUCUGCGAAACUCAAACCUUCGCCACGAGCGGUAAACAGAUCUAUCAAACAGAGUCCAAUCACGCAAACGAAAACCUCUCCGCAGGCUAGAUACAGAACAAAACUGACUAGGUCCACUGACCCCGAGUCCAGGUCAAUAGUUCAAAGGUCAAUGCAAAACGAAGGAGACGUUCCUCAAGUUCAAUUUUUGGAUUUGAACGAGUUGAAUUUAGGUCAAAACUCUAGAUUAAAUCAAAGACAGAAACCCCACGAUCUCAGAGCUUUAACCUUCAGCCUUCGAGGUAAACCUUCUGACCCGAAAUCCAUGAUCUAACUGUAUACAAAUUAUUUUCGCUCAAAAUGAGCGCCAUCUUGUGAUCUAUGAUGUCAUCAGCAGACGAUAUUAUCAUUUAAGUGAAACAAUGAAGUUGUGAUUCCUUGUCGUCAUGACUCUUAAGAAACAACGUAAUAUUAUGUUUUCGCUCUUUAAAUUUUUCUCGUAUCUAGUCAGUUGAUAUUUACGAAUCGUAUUAAAUUGUGAUUUAUUGAAGAAAAAAAAUCACAUUAUCAAUGAGCCUAAUUUUGAAGCAUAAAAAUUACAUCUAGUAUUUACUUUCUUCAAUGGCAAGUCCUUCACCAUAAAGUGCGAAAAAAUAAAUAGAUGAAUGCAGUAACCAAGUGCGACUAGUCCUUUUAGUUGAAAUAAUUGGAUUAGUUGUAAUCAAUUACUAGUGGCUAGAUCGAUAAGUGAUAUAGAUCGAUGUUUGACUGACUGACGGGCCUCUGAAGUAUGUAAACUGCUGGGAACAAAACACGCAGCCAUUUGGAGCCUUUUGUGACCUAUUGUAUCAUUCCUAAAACAUCUUGAGGACCACUGCUCAACGCUAUUCUGAAACUGUCUUGUCAUGGUCACAGAGCUAUUUACAUAUUGGACUAUAUGAAAUGUAGAAUUUUUUUAGUUUUUUUUUAAGCUUUAAAGUAAUUGUAAGUAUUUUUGUUAUUAAAAAUGUUUUAAAAUAUGUAAUAAUAUAAUAUAUAAUAAUAUAUUAUAUAAAUAUUGUUAAAAUAUUUAUUUGAGCCCAAAUUAAAAGCCUUUGUGUUAAAUAAUUCUGUUAUCACAAAUUCAUAUCUGAAACAGUGCCUCAGCCAUAAUAAGAUCUAAAUAUCUAAAAGACAAAGCUACAUGCAUUAGGUCAAAGGUUAGGUCAAUGGGAUAAACGGAAAUAGAUCUCCGAGAUCUAUUUAUAGCUCUGUUCAGUUUGAAAUAAU